GUAUGUGUAUGUGUUUCUCUUUUCUUAGUGUCAAUGCUAUAAUGCGAUGGUCCUGUCUACUGAAAGCACUGUUGCGCUUUAUGGAUCACUGAAGCUUGUACCAGAAGGGAAGCAAGCUCCGGGAGGCCAUGAGCUCCACUGUGAUUUCUGGGAGCUGAUUGGCUUGGCUCCAGCCGGUGGUGCCGAUAACUUGCUCAAUGAAGAGUCGGAUGUGGACGUGCAACUGAACAACCGGCACAUGAUGAUCCGUGGAGAAACCGUGUCCAAGAUCCUGAAAGUGCGCUCCGCUGUUACCCACUGCUUCAGAGAACACUUCUUUAGCCGGGGCUACAAUGAGAUCACACCCCCUACCUUGGUGCAGACUCAAGUCGAGGGAGGAUCCACUUUGUUUAACCUGAACUACUUUGGGGAAGAGGCAUACCUAACCCAGUCUUCCCAGCUCUACCUGGAAACAUGCAUUCCAGCCCUGGGAGAUACCUUCUGUAUCUCCCAGUCCUACCGUGCAGAACAGUCUAGAACACGCAGACAUCUGUCAGAGUACACUCACGUCGAGGCAGAGUGUCCAUUCAUUUCAUUUGAGGACCUGCUGAAUUGCUGA